AUGUGUGCUGUCUUCUCAUUCCCUUUCCACUUGGUUAUGAUGCUCCUCCUCUUCCACGUAUCCACCAAAGAAGCCCUGAUCCGUGCUGUGUACAAUCAUAAUGGUAUCAGCCAAGAUUUCAAGGCCAUGGCUUCAGAUUUUGGGCCCGUGCUCUACCAUGAAGGUCUCUUGGGUUACCUAAUUGUAGCCAGGCCAGCCAAUGCCUGUUAUCCACUCAAACCACCACCUUUUUCCAACGACUCUAGUGAUGCCUUUAUUGCUCUCAUCCAGAGGUACAACUGCUCUUUCACUGCCAAGGUCCUGCAUGCCCAACAAGCUGGGUAUCAUGCGGCCAUCAUACACAACGUCCGCUCACAAACUUUAGUGAUCAUGACAAGUGAAAACGAGGACAAGAGGCAGGCGGUGACCAUCCCUUCCUUGUUCAUCAGUGAAUCCUCAGCCACACAACUGAAGAGGGUCUUCCGUUAUGACCCAACAGCUUAUCUCAUUCUCAUACCAGAAUAUCAUUGGCUCUUCUGCUCAGAUACAACAGGAUACAGCUGUCAAUCACAUCCUCAGAAAUCAAGGCUGAGCACUCCAAAGCAGAAUUUGAGCUGUGUACCUGGCCAGAGCCACUUUGUCCACGAGGCGCAUUAUCUUCUGUUUGGACUGAUGCUCAUGGUCUGGAUUGCAGCCUUAUAUUCAUUGUGCUGUUGGUAACAGA